AUGGCAGACAAGGCAGUUCAGUCAGAACCCGUGUCUGUUCCAUUACUUCGAUUUUCACCACUAACAAGAGGCUCAAGUUGUGGGAACUAUGUGUCAGCGUUCUGUGAGCCUGUGCAUGGAUCCCUUCCCAUUCAGUACUCAUGGUACGAAAAGACCCCAUCUGGGGAUUCAAAGAUCUCUGAUACCUUUAAACUGGAUCUACAUUGUCAAUCCUUAAAAGACAAUAACUAUCUGUAUUAUUGCAAUGUCUCAAAUGCGAAUGGAACAAAGUCCAGUGAAAUGAUCAGAAUGUCCACCUCCAACAAUGUUAGGAACUGCAGAUAUGUGAUUGAAGUCAACAGAAUGGGGAAAAUUAAUUUCUGUGAAAACACUGUGACAGAAUCGAUGACAACUGCACCAAGGGAAAAAACUACUUCACCUGAAAUAAGAAUUUCUUCCUCAGUUUCGGGUGACUUAUGGGCAGAAGAUAAAGUAAGAGGAGUUGUGGGAAGAGCGAUCAGAAUCGAUUGUCACUAUGCACCAAUAUACCGUUCACACACAAAGUAUUUCUGCCGCAUGCAGAGUCACCAGUGCACAUCCUUAGUGAAUACAAAUGGGCAAACUGAGCAGACUGGAAGAAUGACAAUCAGAGAUAAGACAUCCCAAGGAAUAUUUACUGUUACAAUGGAGAAUCUUGUCUUUCAAGAUACAGGAGUUUACAGAUGUGGAAUUGCAACAUCUGGCAAGACUCUGGUGUUUGAUGUGCAGCUACAAGUAUAUGACGAACCUGUGUCUGUUCCAUUACUUCGAUUUUCACCACUAACAAGAGGCUCAAGUUGUGGGAACUAUGUGUCAGCGUUCUGUGAGCCUGUGCAUGGAUCCCUUCCCAUUCAGUACUCAUGGUACGAAAAGACCCCAUCUGGGGAUUCAAAGAUCUCUGAUACCAAUAAACUGGAUCUACAUUGUCAAUCCUUAAAACACAAUAACUAUCUGUAUUAUUGCAAUGUCUCAAAUGGGAAUGGAACAAAGUCCAGUGAAAUGAUCAGAAUGUCCACCUCCAACAAUGUCAGGAACUGCAGAUAUGUGAUUGAAGUCAACAGAAUGGAAGAAUUUCUCCCUCAGUUUCGAGUGAUUUAUGGGCAGAUGAUAAAGUAA